GACUUUCUCAAAGAAGAGAUCAGAAGCAGGUCUGAAGUUGCUGACGGUUUGAUUAAAGUCAUUUUUAGUCACUAUAUUUGGUGCUCGGCUGAAUUUCAGCUCUUGCAUGCUGAAAUAGACCAGACGGGCAAAGCGGAAACGUCUUGAUUUAUUUGAUGUCUGAGAGCUUAAAUAAUGUUUCUUUCAAACAAAAUAUUGUGACCUGGAUGAUUUUCAGUGCGUCUGCCCUCUCGUCAAGUCAAUGUAGAAAGAUUGUUUGCUGUUAUAUUUUGUUGUUUUUCCAUUAUUUCCAAUCAUUUUCAUCGUCUCCUAAAAUGGACCUCUUAAUUUGAUCCACUAGGUGUCGCUGAAAUCAACGUCAGCACACCCCCCUAAAACACGCGAGUGUACCAUCCUCUCUGAGCUCCGCCCCUCUCUGUCCUCCCGGCUGAUAUAAGGACGCCCACACCGACUCCAAACACUGUGAGAGGGAGAAAACCAGAGGUCACACUGAUAAGAAAAAGGAAAAAAAGAGUCCGCCGGCGUAUCUGAGAGGCUCAACAGAGAGACGAAUCAGACAAGAGUCAAGGAGAGAGAGGAGACGGCACCACCAGAACUGAAGAAAGCUGCCUGGAGGACGUCCACGUGUGUGUGAGCGCAUAUGUAUGUUGAGACAGGCAUAGGUAGAUUCCAGGGAUAUUUGUGAGACUGACAGAGGACGAAAGCACAUCAUGGAUCCCUCGAGUCCUUCAGAGGGCCCCGUGGAACCCAAAGAAAGGAGGAAAAUCCAGUUCGCCGUCCCACCUACAGAACCAACUCAGCUGGACCCUCGGCAGGUUGAGAUGAUUCGACGACGAAGACCCACACCCGCCACUUUGUUUAAAGUAGCGGAGCAAACAUCUCCUGAGGAUGACAUCUCCUCCCAUCAGUGGGUUGUAGGAGAAAAUGGUGUCCUCAAACCAAAACGAAUCAACCCAAAUAUCUACCAGCCACCAUCAUUAAAAGCCGUGCAGCAGAUGGCUGAAGCUCACAUGCAGAAAUUAGGUGUGUAUCCUCAUGUAGAGGAGGAAGGGGAAGAGCCUGUUCAAAGAGGGCGGGAGGAGAUUUCCUCAUCCUGCACACCUGAUUCACAGGAGCAAAGGGGCAUGGCAGAACACCAGCCCGGCAUGAGAAAGGCAGGAGCCACGGCACCAACCGAUGAAGAGGAGGAGGAGGAGGAGGAGGAGGAAGUAGAAGCAGACAGUAUGGCAGAGCAUGAGUGCAGAAAUAUGGACUGAGGAACAUUAGAGAUUUUUUUUUUUCAUAAUGCAGAUCCUUAUUUGGAGAUCAGAAUUAUUGUUUAUUAAUAAUUCCAUCACUUGAUAAAAAAAAAACGGCUGUAUGUUUGUAAUCAAAAAGAGACUGGAAUUUUGGAGUGGUCAAAAAACCUCAAAUAAUGAAUUCACCCCGGCAUUGCCGUAAAAUAGAAACACAUAAGGUUAAAUGCAUCGGUAGUCAUCUAAUAUCAUCCCUGUGUUUCAAACGUUCGAACAAAAAGGUAAAGUACAAAUGUUUAGUUCUGUGAGCAGCGUGGUGUGAAUGCAAAGUGUUGAGAAAUGUUGGUGCUCAUAUCAUGUCAUGCUGUGUGUGUGUGUGUGUGUGUGUGUGUGUGUGUGUGUGUGUUUGAGUUGGAGUAUGUGUUUCUUUGGGCCUACACUGCCAUCUGGAGUACAGAGGAGAAUUGUUAUACUGAACCCCAUGAAAUCAUCUGCCAAAAACGAUAAUCCCAGAGCACAUGGAAAGGCUCAAUAUCUAAGUAUUUAGCAGCAUUAUUAUUUGUUAAACCACUGUCAACAUCCUGGCAGUUGGAUCACACUUUGAACUAGAGUUAAUUUAGCAGAAAAAAUAUAAUUAUAUUUGCAUAUUUAUAGAUAUGGAAAUCACUGAUCAUUUAAAAAUAAAUAAAUAAUAAAGAGUGCAGUUAUAUCAGUAUUCUAUUAAAGGCUGUUUUGUUUGUACACACUCUGAAAUAAGUAGUACUAAAGCUUUUGUACCUUUUAUUUCUGAGAGUGUACACGGAGUGGACCGUGUUAAGAUCACAAAUAAUGUUUUGCUUUCUCACCGUUUUGGGAGACAUUAGUCUCAUCGUGGCUAACUAAUCAUGGCUGACUGUGAAUAACACAUUCCUACGAUGUCGUCUAUGUGAUUCAUUUGUGGUUUGUUAAUGGCAUUGUGAUCAAAGCUGCUAUAAACAUCAUAUGUGCAUACAGAAUAGAAUUAGCAUUUCUUGAUAUGACUGUAUUUGGUUACAGAUAAACUAAAAAAACACCUCCAAAUUCAGUGCCUCGGGGUGAACAUUCAGUGCUCGUGUACAUCUGGAACACGUAAAAGAUUACUGUAGUUAACGACUCGCAUUUUAGCUGGAUAACUUAUUAGUUUGCAAAAUCUUUUAAGGGGAAAAAUGUUGAACUAUUUUUAAAAAUGAUUGAUAGCGAUUUAAAACGAGACGCCAACAGCCACGUGUUGCUUUUUUAAGAAAUUGUACUGCUUUAUAUUGAAAAUAAUAUUUGUAUGCAUAUAUAUUCCUCCGAAGCUCAUGCAGGUACAUGUUGUUGAUUUUGAUUUUAACAUACAAUAGAAAAUGUACCCAAUUAGUAUUGCUCUCCAUAGAAACUAUGGAAAUGUUUUAGGGUGAAGUCUCUGUAUCAAUAAAUAAUAUUUGCACUGAAUUAAAAGUGUUAAAGAAUA